AUGGGUAAUCUUAAAUCAGGCGCAAAUAAAAAAAACAAAAUUAGUGAUAAAUUAAAAUUGAUUUUGGGACUCAGAAUAGAAAACCAAUUCAACAAAUUAUCUAUAAAUAUUAUAAGCACUAUCUCAAGCUUCUUAACAUUAAAAGAGUUCAAUAUUAUGUUGUCAGUUUCUUCCACCACAUACUAAAUUUUUGGUUAAGUGUCUAGUUGCUAUCAAGUUCAUUGUUAGAAGCUUCUCAAUGUGAAAAGUGACAUCAUACUUUCAAAGUAGUGGAAACAACUACUAAGAUUAUUAUUAUGUACUCCAAUUAAAGGCAUUCCAUAUGAAAACGCUAUCAAAAGUAUUCGAUUCAAUAUUUAACAACAUCCAACAUUUAUAGAAAAUAAAUUUAAUUACAGCUCAUUCCAGAAAAGCAUUCUAUAUUUUGAAACCAACUUCUAAAAAGUGCAAACUAAAGAAUAUGAAUAAGUCAAACAAUAUGGCAGUAAACAUUUCGAAUAAAUACUCAAGUUGAGAUAAGGAUGUGAGGUUCAUAUCUAAAUGCCACACUCAUUGAUGAACAUUUACAGCAUCUAGGAUUAUAUUAAAAUCUAUAAUGUCUAUUUAAACAUGAGAUUUGAUAACGUAAAUUUGGCACAAUUUAUUGAACUUUGGGAUCGUUAUUGCGGAUGGAUUAGCAUAAUGGAAUGGUCCACCUCCUCAAUAAUUAACCUAUUCAAUUAAAUCAUAGAUGAAACUCUACAUAAAUAUAAGAUUCCUAAAUUCACAUUCCGUCAUUUUAUGACUACACUCUGGGUAAUUAAUUCAAACAAAUGUAUCAAAGUAUUAAGAAAGGAAUUUGAACAUCAACUAUUCAAUAGUAGAAUCCAAAACACUAAAGUCUAAUUAUUAAGAAGAUACAUUUAAUAUUUGAUUGAUAUUAGCACAAAUUAAUCUAAUGUUUAACAUUAUGGAUAACCUAAUUUUUAAUAUGAUCCUGAGAUCUAUGUCUUGGCAGAAAUCGCUGUAGAAAUGACAUCAAACCACUAAUACUUGAUAGAUGAGUAAAUUCUACAUUACACUUUUGGUUAGUAUAUCUAUUAAUUUAUCAUUUUCUAAAAUUUGUCAUCUAAAAGAAUUGAAUAAUUCAAAAAUCUUAUAAGCCAGCAUAAAGAGGAGAGUAUAAGAUUACAAAUAAAGUAAUAUUAAAAUCCUGAUGAACUUCAGUUGGCAAAUUAAGUAUUGGGAAGAUACAAUCCAAAAUAAUAAAUUAGAGGACUAAUUAAAUAGAUUUCACAAUAAAAAAUAGAAGACAAAGAUUAUUAAUGUUUAAAUGAAACCUAAGAAAGUUUGGAAGCCUCAGAAAUUUCGCAAAUAUCAACGACUUGUAGUUCCGUUUUUAUGAGUACAAAGAGUAAUGAUGUUUUAUUAAAUUACAUUUAGAUGUAUGAAAAGGAUUUAUACAAUCAAAUUGAACAUUUUUAUUAGGUCGAAGAAACAAUAGUUGAAUUAAUGUUGGAUAUGGAGUAGUUAUAAGAAAAUUAUGAUGUUCCAGAAUUGGCAGAAUAUAAAGUGAUAAAAUAUGAGACUCUGAUUGAAAGAUUAAGUUAGGUUAAGUAAAGACAGAGCAAUAAGGAUAGUAUAAUACAAUCACCAGCAUCAAAUUAUGGAAGAACCACAGCCUAAGAAAUGCUUUAAAGAGUUAUCAGUUGA